CGCCUUCCAAUCGGAACGCCGUCGCUGCUCGCUGUUUUUUUCUUUUCCCCGUCGCUGUCCAAACUUCCUGUAACGCUGCGGGAGGGAACCGGGAGCGGGAGUUCCCUGGCGGGAGAUGCCUGAAGUUUGCUGGUAGAGGGGGAGGUCUCUGCGGCGGGAAGAGCGACAGAAGCACGCCGAAAGAGCCGAGCUCCCCCAAAAUGGGCCUCCUCGAGCUGCUGUCCCCUCGCACCUACGGCCUGGUGCUCGCUACUGCUCUGGCGCUCUGGGCGCUCUGUGUUUUCUGCAGGCGGAAAAGGAGACCAGGAGAGGCACCCUUAAUAAAUGGUUGGAUUCCUUUCCUGGGAGAAGCCCUGAAUUUUAGAAACGAUCCUACCAAGUUUUUGUUAUCUUUGCAACAGAAAUAUGGAGAUGUUUUUACCGUCCAUCUUGCUGGCAGAUAUAUUACAUUCAUAAUGAACCCCCUGCAGUUUGUUUCUGUGACCAAAAGCAGCAAGUAUCUGCAAUUUAAAGAACUUGCUGAUCAGAUAUCGACCAAGGCAUUUGACCAUCCAACCACCCUCAAUGAUGAUCUCCCAGACAUGCAUGAGAAUGUGCACAAGGCUUAUCAGUAUCUUCUGGGCAGGCCAUUGGACGUGCUCUCGGACCACAUGAUGGAAAACCUCCAGGGUCUAUUUGAGAAGAUGUGCUCACAAGCAACAAACUGGGAAAUGGGGAACAUGAACAAGUUCUGCUUCUCCUUAAUGUUCGAAGCCAGCUUUUUAACACUGUACGGAAAGGAUCCUGGUGCAGUUGACUACAGCAUUGUGGAAGCAAUUGGAGACAAGUUUAAUAAGUUUGAUGCCAGCUUUUCCUAUUUAGCUGCCAAUGUACCCAUUGAAUUAUUAGGUGCUGCCAAGAGUAUCCGGAAAGACCUUAUCAAUGUGUUUUUACCUGAAAACAUGGCAAGAUGGUUGGGGGCUUCAGAAGUGGUCCAAUUCAGAAAAGAUUUAUUUGAGAUGUAUGAAGUACUCGGAGAUCACGACAGAGCAGCACAUCAUUUUGCCUUCAUGUGGGCCUCUGUAGGAAACACGGUUCCAGCUACAUUCUGGGCCAUGUAUUAUCUUCUGCGGCACCCAGAAGCUCUUGCAGCGGUGCGUGACGAAAUUGACCAUUUGCUGCAGUCAACAGGUCAAGAAAGGAAGCCUGGAUACUGCAUCCGCCUCACCAGAGAACAAUUGGACAACCUGGUCUACCUAGAAAGUGCUAUCAACGAGAGUUUCCGACUUUGCUCAUCUUCCACAAACAUCCGCAUCGCCAGCAAAGAUUUUAUUCUCAAGCUUGAAGAGAACCAGGAAGUCAGCUUGAGAAAAGGAGAUUGGGUAGCAAUUUACCCUCCAACUCUGCACAUGGACCCCGAGGUCUACGAAGAUCCCAAGAAGUAUAAAUUUGAUCGUUACAUAGAGGAUGGCAAGAAGAAAACCACCUUCUACAAACAGGGAAGGAAGCUGAAAUACUUUCUGAUGCCUUUUGGCUCUGGAAUCAGCAAGUGUCCUGGCAGGUUCUUUGCAGUGAAUGAAAUUAAGCUGUUCUUGGUUUUAUUGUUGACAUAUUUUGAUGUGGAAAUAACAGAAGAAAAGCAAGUUGGACAAGACAAGAGUAGAAUAGGUCUUGGUAUACUCUUGCCAGACACUGACAUUGCCUUUCGUUACAAAUUAAGAAAUUAAUACUCUAAUACAGUUUCCAACAUUACAAAUAACUUACUCAGGUUUUGUUCUGUCUUUUUGCACUACGGUUGCCAUAUCUUUCUGGUGUCCUUACAAUUAUGGAUGAGGCCUGCCACAAUUUGAUUAAAAAAAUAAAUUCAUAUUGCUGCCAUUUUAAUUUAAAUUUUUGAUGGGAUGGGUGAAAUAAUCUAUUUUUACAAGUUUUCUAUCUGCAUCAGUGCCCUCAGUGUGGCUACCUUUUUUGUAGCACAAUACUGUAUGGCAGUGCAGGAGAUCAGAAGGCACACCUAUUGGGUUGUGUGGUAUAGCUGCUUGGGCUGGCAAAGUACCUAUGUCUGCCUCUUCUUCAAACAGUCUCUCUUAUUUUGGCACUUGCUAUUAUCCAUAAGAACACUACUCGACAUCAACAGAACUUGCUUCUUAUGCCCACUCAGUCCUUUUACACAAAUUUAUCAAUUCACACAGAAUCUCAUUUGGGAUUUUGAGCACUUUUCUAGUUGGAAAUUAACAUAGUGGAGGGACUGAGGGUUUUGUUUUGCUUUACUCUAAAUAUUUGGGGGCAGUGUGUGU